UUUGCGACUACACAAUCCAGUCGCGCGCUAACUCCUAUUCAUUUUGUACACACAAAAUAAUCCCAAUUUACUUUGUACAGAGAAAAUUCAUUCAUCAUGCAUUGAAUGGAGCUAGUGCGGCUGCAUACACCUUGUGAUACCACCACUGUGAUGCGGUUGGAUUUCUCAUUUUCCGACACGGAUUGACUCCUCAAAAUCUGUUAUUUUGGCUUGUCGUGUAGGAGGGAGACCCCUGCCAGCAGGGGAAAUCAGCCGAGAUUGGGCGGAUCGCAAGUAAGCACGUGAAGGUGCCUCCAACGUCCCGAAAAGCACCCUCGUCGCAGGGCAGUGACAAGGGGUCAGAUUCGGCGACGUCGGUCGUGGAAUUGAGAGAGUCCGAGAAGAAAAAAUCGAAGAAGACGAACAAGAGUCCCUCAGGCACGAUGAACCACUACCCCAGCAACGAACGACCUCAGAGUGAGACGGAGGAGAUGGAUACCCAGGAGGCACCGAAUGACAAUAUCCCUACCAAAGAAGAAACGUCCCCCACCCAACCCCUCGGGGAUGAUGUGGAUACAGGAGGUGGUGGUGGGAGAGAAGAGAACCCUGUUAUUAUGAAUGGGGAACUGACCACUGAACCAGGGUCAGAGGAUCAAGACCAAGGAGAAAAGAUGGAAGAAGAUGGUAGUCGUUCAGAGGCCACUUUCUGCCACACAGUAUACAACAUCAGUAAGCUGAAGGAGACUUCACUCAGUCCACCGAUCACUGUCAGGAAUUUGCCAUGGAAAAUCAUGGCAAUGCCCCGUACUAGUCAUAACAGUGCUGAGCGCAGCUCCCGAAGUUUGGGUUUCUUCUUACAGUGCAAUGCAGAAUCAGAUUCACAAACAUGGUCGUGUCAAGCGACGGCGGAACUUCGGCUUCUGAAUCAAACAGGAGGACAAUCCCAUGUGAAAAAAAUCUCCCAUCUUUUCUACAGCAAAGAAAAUGACUGGGGUUUCAGUCAUUUUAUGGCAUGGAGUGACUUGUUGGAUCCAGAGAAGGGGUAUGUGAAAGACGAUGCCAUUACGUUAGAAGUUCAUGUUGUGGCCGACGCCCCUCACGGUGUCAGCUGGGACUCUAAGAAGUUAACUGGGUAUGUUGGUCUGAAGAAUCAAGGAGCCACAUGUUAUAUGAACUCAUUGCUUCAAUGUCUCUUCUUCACUAAUGAACUCAGAAAGGCUGUGUACCUUAUGCCAACGGAAAGUGACGACUCGUCAAAGAGCGUUCCUCUAGCGUUGCAGAGGGUAUUCUAUGAGUUACAGCACAGUGAUAAACCAGUCAGUACCAAGAAACUUACCAAGUCAUUCGGAUGGGAGACACUAGACUCAUUCAUGCAACAUGAUGUACAGGAACUUUGCAGAGUGCUUCUGGAUAACAUUGAGAGCAAAAUGAAGAGUACGGUUGUCGAGGGAAUCAUUCCAAAACUCUUUGAAGGCAAAAUGAUUUCAUAUAUCAAAUGUAAGCACAUCACAUAUGAAUCAGGGAGAACUGAGCCAUUCUAUGACAUCCAGCUCAACAUCAAAGGCAAGAAAAAUGUAUAUGAAUCCUUCAAAGAUUACAUUGCCACGGAAACAAUGGAUGGAGAAAACAAAUAUGAUGCAGGAGAACACGGCAUGCAGGAGGCUGAGAAGGGAGUAAUCUUCACCAAGUUUCCACCGGUAUUACAUUUGCAGCUGAUGAGGUUUCAGUAUGAUCCACAGACAGACUCCAAUGUCAAAAUCAAUGACAGGUACGAGUUUCCUUUCAAGCUGAACCUGGAUAACUUCAUGAAGGAACAGGAGGAGACUCCGGCCGAAUACACGCUGCAUUCUGUGCUGGUUCACAGUGGGGAUAACCAUGGCGGGCAUUAUGUAGGCUUCAUUAAUCCACAAGGAGAUGGCAAGUGGUGUAAAUUUGAUGAUGACGUCGUCUCCAGGUGUACCAAAAUGGAAGCAAUAGACAACAACUUUGGUGGUCAUGAUGAGGACAUCUCAGUCAGAAAUUGUACAAAUGCAUAUAUGUUGGUGUACAUACGAGAUAGCUGUAUGAAUGAAGUAUUGAAGGAUUUACAUGAUGAUCAUAUUCCAGAGACACUCAAGAGGAGGUUACAGGAAGAAAAGAAAUUAGAAGCACAAAGGAGAAAAGAGAGGACAGAGGCACACUUGUACAUGACGGUUCAAGUGGUCACUGAAGAUCAAUUCUACGGUCAUCAAGGAAAUGAUCUCUUUGACUUUGACAGAAUACGAUUCAAAGAGUUUAAGAUAAUGAAGUCAGCGAGCCUUGCAGAUGGGUUAGACAUGUUAUCUCAAUCAAUGGGUUUCCGGCCUGAUCAGAUCAGGAUCUGGCCUUUCUCACAAAGGACCAAUCACACGUAUAGGCCUACGUUACUAGAGAAUGAUGAUCCAGUCAAACAGAUGAAUGAAGUAGCCGAUGGAGAUAGUGUAUGGACAGUAUUCCUAGAGACACAGGAUCCUGAAGCACAUCAAGUCUGUUUACCGUCAUUUGACAGAGAAAGUGAUGUUCUUCUGUUUCUGAAGCUUUAUGAUCCCAAGACAAAGAGUCUUUCAUUCUGUGGACAUGUUUAUGUCCCUAUCACAACGAAAAUACAGGCACUGGUUCCAUUAAUGAAUGAGAGAGCAGGCUUCCCAGAGUCAACGGAACUCAUUCUAUAUGAGGAAGUGAAACCUAAUCUAACAGAGAAAAUUGAAGACCUGAGUCAACAGAUGGACAAAGGUUUAGAUGAGCUCAUGGAUGGUGAUAUUCUUGUAUUCCAAAGGGAUGAUCCCGAAAAGAUGCAAUAUGACCUGCCGACAGCCAAAGACUACUUCCGGGACCUCUUCUGCCGGGAGGAGGUGACGUUCUGUGACAAGACCAACCCUCGAGAUCCUGGUUUCACGUUGAUACUCUCCAACAAGAUGAACUACUUCCAGUUUGCCAAGGCAGUAGCUCAACAUCUAGACACGGAUGUGAUGUUACUUCAGUUCUUCAAGGGUCAAGGUCACAGAGAUGGGCCUGGUCAUCCUCUAAGAUGUACAUUUGAAGGUUCAUUACGAGAUCUCUUACCGCCCACCAAGUCAAGACAACCUAGGAAACUCUACUAUCAGAUGUUAAAUAUCAAGAUAGAUGAGCUAGAGAAUAAGAGACAAUUCAAGUGUAUAUGGGUCACAGAUAAACUCAAAGAGAUGGAGGUUGUACUAUAUCCUAACAAGACAGACACAGUCAGAGACAUGUUAGAAGAGGCUAAGAAACAUGUACAACUUGCAGAAAAUGGAACUGGAAAACUUAGGUUAUUAGAUAUCAUCAGUAACAAAGUCUUCCAGCAGUUUGCAGAAGAUACACCUAUAGAGAACCUAGCCUUGCAGGGAAACAAGAUGUUCAGAUUAGAAGAAAUUCCUCAAGACCAAUACAAGUUAAGUGAUGAUGAAAUGAUAGUAUGUGUAGCUCACUUCCAGAAGGACCUUUACAACACAUUUGGUACACCAUUCUUUGUAAGGUUAAGAGAGGGUGAAGCAUUCUCUAAUGUCAAAGAGAGGAUACGAGAGCAACUAGACGUCUCCGAGAAGGAGAUUGAAAAGAUCAAGUUUGCAAUAGUAAUGAUGGGUAGACAGACAUACAUCGGGGAAGAGCAAGAGUACUCAGUACGACUGAAAGACUUCCAGCCACAGGGACAUGCAACUAACCCCCAACCCAGGCCAUGGCUUGGCCUUGACCAUGUCAACAAGAACAAGAGACCACGGUACAACUAUGUGGAAAAACCCAUCAAGAUCUUGAACUGACAAACACUUCUAGACCCAGCCAUACCAAUGCUGGACCUCAAGACUCUUAGAAUUUACAUAGAUAUAAAUAUUAAUGGGCAUAUCAUGAUGGACGUUUCGUUGAACGGAAGAAGACAGAAAAAAGAUGGAUGGAUAGAUGGAUUAGUAAACAGAGGAGCCAGCGAAGGAGGAUUUGAAAACCAAAGAGCUUCAAGCUGCCAACGGAGGAUUCUGCAAGUGCUACGCAGGAGGAUCUGAUGCACCUUAAGUACAUGCGCACACCAAACAUGGUCCAGGCCAUUGUCUGGGGCUUAUUCCUACAUACCGGUUCUUUAAAAAUGGUGGAAAUGAAAUGUUCCUUCAAUUGUUUCAAUGGAACUUUUCACACCAAACACACCCCAUGUUAUGGUUUCCAAAUCAUUGGUCUUUUAUACUUAAGGGUGUUGAAUACCAUGACCCGGACCAGAUUUGGUGCGAAGGAGCAUUUAUCUCAAGCAAUGAUGUUUAAGACCCUGAAACCCAAGUGAUAGCUUUCACAGAUCCAACUUAUCUUUCAGAAAAUGUCACCUUAUGCCAUUCUCCUCUCAUUUAAAUUAUUCAUGACCUUCAUUGGGGAAAAUUUUAGUCUAGGUAAAGAAAAGAAUGCAAUGGUUUACAUGGAAGGAUAAACACUUAAAUUAUUCCUUCGAGUAAUGUGGCUUUUCCUUUUAAUGUUAUUUAUGGUUUAUGUUCACCUCAGAGGUCUUUGUUUUUAACUUUGAUCAUGGGUUAACUAGAGGUAGCCAAGUCCGUGAACACUUUUUAUAUUGUAUAUUUUUGUUUCUUCACUGUAUGCUUUUUUUUCAUAUCUAAAUUGUUGAGGACAUUAUUUUAGUUUGUCAUUCUUAGACAGCCAUCAAUAAUUGAGUACCCAAACU